AUGGCUGAUAUGGGUUAUGGUGUCAAUAGAGAAACAGUUACGCGUAUUGCUUACACUAUUGUAGAGAAGAAUGGUCGCAAGCAUCUAUUUACGGGUGAAUCUGCUGGGAGGUCAUGGUUCAAAGGUUUUCAAAGACGCCAUCCUGAACUUACCAUUCGUACUCCUUUAUCAUUAUCAUAUAAUAGAGUUGUUUCAGCUUCUCCUGAUGUAGCCAGUGAACUCUUUGGAAAAGUUGGAGCAUUUUAUGGCAGACCAAACCUAUUCUCCAAGCCAAACCAAAUAUAUAAUACUGAUGAGACUGGAGUCUCUGUCGUGCAUCGUCCUGGAAGAGUCAUUGCUCAAGUUGGGAGGCAAACAGUAUAUUCCAUUUCUUCAGCAGAAAGAGGAAAGUUGCACACUGUUCUUGCAUGUGUAUCAGCAUCUGGACAUGUUCUGCCGCCUUUAAUGAUGCAUCCCAGGAAGAGAGCUGUGCCAGAUACUUGUAAAAUGGAGUCCUUCCUAAUACAUUGUUUCGAACUAGUGACAUAG